AUGAAGGGUGGAUCCAGGCCACCGCGUAAAGUGAUUGAAGACUACCACUUAGGUUUGGCGGUCGUUCAGUCGCAGCACGUUCAGACGGAUAUGUCGGGUUGCUGCUUCUCAUGUGCGCAUUGCUGUUCAGUGCUCCAGAAACUUCUUCACUGCUGCUGCCCGCAGCAGCACUCGGACACUAAUUCAGCGGAGGUAAACCUGUUGUCGAAAAGCAGCAAUCAGGUCAACGUUCCGGCAGUCAUCCAGGGGCAUUUGUUUCUCCCGGCAUUUUCGAGCCUUCUUCUGUCUUCAAAUCAAAAACAAAGGGCCACCUUCCGCAGUCAUCCUACAUGCGUUGCAUCUUUAAAGAGCGAAGAAUUCACUGUUGUGCCUAAUUUUUAUGUUCAAUGUUGCACGAUACCGAAAAAUACCGAAAUUACUGCUCCUCCGAGCCCAGAUACCGAACACAUGUUCUGCGAUGAUCAGGCAGGAAAGUUGGUCGACUCUUCGACGAACCACUGCUGGGAACCACUUGGUGUCUGCGAAAAGCGUACGGUAUUCGUUGAUGUAAGUCUGUAUUUCAUACCUUAUGAUGUACAGGUGCUUUCAUUGAAUCACUUUUAUCAUUGUUCAAGUUGUCCCCGUAAGGAAAUAGGUCUCUUGUACUUUGUUUUUUGAUU